AUUACAUAAAUAUCUGAUAAUAAAAAUAUGUGGCAUAAUUGGAAUGUAAAAAAUCAACUGGGAUUUUGCAUAUUUAGCAUAGUUUGCAUAACUCAAAUCACUGGAAAACAACCUCCAAUUGUUAAUAAUGCACCGCAACUGCAGGAAAGACCAACUUGGCUACAAACUUGCCCAAGAAAUGACCCCAAUGAAAAUCAAUGCUUUCGCAGUCUCUUUGAAGGUUGCUUUCCCGCGCUGGCGGCAGGUAUACCAGAAAUUGGAGUUAAGAGUUUCGAACCAUUACAUAUAGAACAAGUUUCUGUUUCGAAGGGAAGUGGAAAUUUAGUACUUUCUGGAGGGUUUCAAAAUUUAGUUAUACGUGGUCCCUCAAAUGCAACUGUGCGUAGAGCAAAUUUAGAUUUAAACAAAAACUUAUUGAAUUUCGAAUUAGAAUUACCAAUAUUACGGAUACGUGCUAAAUAUAAUCUGAAAGGUAACAUUUUACUGCUACCGCUCAUAGGCAAUGGUGACGUUAGAAUGGCACUGAAGAAUGUCAGAACAGCUGUCAAUACCAAAAUACAUUUGAUCAAUGAUCCUGAAGAAGUUAUACAUAUUGAUGACAUGAAGGUUACUUUUCAUGUGGGUGCCAUGCGCAUACAUUUAACUAACCUAUUUAACGGUAAUGAUAUAUUGGCGGCUUCAAUUAAUAAUUUUCUAAAUCAAAAUGCAAAUGAAGUUAUUUCGGAAUUACGCCCUGAUUUGGAAAGUGGAUUAGCUGAUAUCUUUCAUGGAUUAUGGAAUAAUGUAUUCUCCAAAAUGCCUACAAAAUUAUGGUUGCUGUGAUUUUUUUGUUCGUAAA